AUGGAAGCUCACCCAAAGAUAUUUUACCUCCCAGAUACCAUGGCCAACUGGCCGUGGCCUUGCAUAAUCAACCCUCAUUAUGAAGCCGUGAAAAUUGAAGCUGAGGCUUGGUUUCGUAGUUUCAAAGCUGUGGAUCCUGACACAUUGAAAGAAUUCAACAAGUGUGAUCCAGCUCUCGUAGUAGCACUGUGUUAUCCCACUGUGUCAAAAGAACACCUUCAAGUCACUUGCGAAAUGAUGAAUAUGACCGCAAUUAUAGAGGAUACCACCGAUAAAAGCACUGCAGCAGGCACCAGAGGAAUAGUGGACAUCAUCCUUGAUGCCUUACACAAUCUGCAUAAGAUCAGACCAAAAGGUGAACACAUCAUUGGAGAAAUGAUGCAACAAUCUUCGGCUCGUAUGGUGCAGACCAUGAGCAUGAGUUGUUAUUCCCGCUUUGUUGAUGGCUUGACAACAUACCUUCGUGCAGUAGCUGUCGAGGCCGUCGACUGUGAACAAAGACGCUGUGUCGGUAUCGAUGACAAUUUCAAGUAUCGACGGGAAACAUCUGGCAUAUUACCUUGGCUCGGACUAUGUGCAGUGGAGAUCGAUCUUCCUGAUGAAGUGUUCUACCAUCCUGCUAUUGUGGAUAUGGUGGAAUUCGCCGCAGAUUUGAUUACAGUUGAUAAUGAUAUGCUCUUGUACAAUAAAGAACAAGCGAGCGGGAUUGACCACAAUUCACUGAUAACUGCGGUCAUGCUAGAACUUGGCCUUGACAUAGGCAGUGCGAUGGGUUGGGCAGCCGCUUACCACACUAAACUCGAGGAAAGAUUUACCAACGGUUUUGCAAAUAUUCCUUCAUGGGGUCCUUCCACCGAUAUCCUGGUCAAGGAAUACCUUAAUGGACUAGGAAACUGGGUGCGAGGACAUUAUUGUUGGAGUAUCGAAAUUGAAAGGUACUUUGGCACACUGGCAAUGGCUGCGGAGAUACAGCAAACUAGGCUUGUCCCAUUAUCAUCAAGUGUUCAAUGGAAAGCCACUGGCGAAGGAUCGCACCAAUUGCCGCCGCAGUCAGUAAUGGGGUCUCUCCUUUCGUUUAUUAUGUCCUUUGUCUACAAUAAAUAA